AUGGAACGCCUGCCAUCACAGCUGAAGCAUCACGAUAACGCCGAAUCCGACAAAGCACCCCGCCCCGACCAUGAUUCUUGCCGGGAACCAAACCACUUCGCUGGCCAAGGCAUCCAGAAUAGUGGCCACCUCGCUGCUGGCCGAGAUGUAAACAUCAUCCACAACGGUAAUGUGCUACAGUUGCGCGAGGGUGAGGACGACCGAGAGCGUCGGGAACGCGAGAGGCAGGACCGCGAGAGGCAGGACGAACACCGAAAAACAAUUUUCGACACGCUGAAAUUCGAUCAGAUGGGCGCGCGCCAGAAGAACAUCGAGCAAGCACAUUUUCAAACCUGCAGCUGGAUCUUACAGGACCAAGCGUACCGCGAGUGGUUGAGGGACGACAUAUCGCGCGAUGUCGGCUACUUCCUAUGGAUAAAAGGAAAACCUGGUGCUGGGAAGUCUACGAUGAUGAAGUUUUUGCUCAACCAGGCAGAAAAACAGACACAACGAAAGCAAAGACAGUCGACAACCAUCUCCUUCUUCUUCAACGCACGAGGCAACGACAUGGAGAAGGGUACCCUUGGUCUAUAUCGAUCAUUGCUGGUGCAGCUUCUCCAGCUAUACCCACACCUUAAGUCUGUUUUAGACGGAUAUCCCAAGGGCACUCAAUGGAAUGUCGAGUCAGUCAGGGGGCUCUUUGGCGAUACCGUUAGGCUGCUCUUCGACGAGACCAAGACCGUGAAAGAUGUUGAUAGGGCCCCUGUUGUUUGCUUCAUCGAUGCUCUAGAUGAAUGUGAAGAACAGCAAGUCCGGGAUAUGAUCGCACAUUUAAGUGGCCUUUGCAACUUUGGCAAUCGGCUCCACGUCUGCUUCGCUAGCAGACACUAUCCGCAUAUCACCACCAGGAAAGGAAGUAGCAUCAUCCUCGAGGACAGGCAAGGGCAUCAGCAAAACAUUGCGAGCUACAUCGACAGUACUUUAUAUAUAAAUGAAGAAAACUGUCUGGGGAGGAUCCGGUCCGAUCUCCAGAAGAAGGCGUCAGGCGUGUUCAUGUGGGUCGUCCUUGUGGUCAAAAUACUCAACAAGGAAUGCGAUGCUGGCCGUGGGCUCGAGUUCCAACUUAGACAGCGGCUUGCCGAAAUACCUGCCGAUCUUCAUACUUUGUUUCAAAAUAUACUUACUCGCGACACUACCAACGCACCGAAUCUCCUGUUAUGCGUACAGUAGGUGCUCUUCGCGAGGCGGCCUCUUACCCCGAAGGAGCUUUACUUCGCCAUCGUUUCUGGGAGUGAGCCAGAAAACCUAGCCGCAUACCAUGCGGAAAAUAUCACAGACGAUGAAAUCGCCAAGUUUGUGCUCGAUAGCUCAAAGGGAUUGGUUGAGGCGACCAAAUCUAGGCGUCCUACAAUCCAGUUCAUCCACGAGUCCGUGCGAGACUUUUUACUAAAAGACAAUGGCCUCCAAACGAUCUGGCCAGAUGCUGAGACGAAUCCCGAGGGGCAAAGCCACGAGGUGCUAAAGCGAACCUGUCUGUCAUAUAUCACAAGCGACCCCGUCAUCUACUUUAACCUUUUUUCUCCGAGGCCCGAAGCUCACUCGGCGCCAGCACCUGCGAUCUGUGAAGUCGCAACCACCAGACUGCAUUUCCUGGCCUAUGCACACGGUAACAUCCUUUUUCAUUGCGACAGGGCUGAGAAAUACAGCUUAAGCCAGAAAGAUUUUCUCCAAGAAUUUCCCCUUGCGAACUGGGUAUCGCAACACAACUUACUGCAGCGAUGCAAAACCCUUCACUAUACGCCAUCAGUCACCUGGCGCUAUAUUUUAGCCGAGGCCAACCUGGGGAGUCUUAUCAAAAUUCUACCAAACGCCUUGUCCUGCUUUGAGGUAGAAAAUGAGAGAUACGGAACGCCUAUUUUUGCGGCGCUUGCUACGAAAAGCACUGAGGCUGUCCAGGCUAUGAUCGAAAGUUUGAUCGAAACCUGUCAACAAAAGAACAUAACGAGCCAACUGUCAGAGGACCUCUCGCUAAACACUUCGGAGUAUGAGCGAUUGUCUUAUGUUUUUGGUCGGGGCCUCCAGUUCUCUGACGAGAAGGGAAUUUUUUAUUUUCUGGUCCAAGGAGGGAAUGCACAACUGGUCGACCUCUUUUGUAUGACGCAACGGGCCAACCUAGAAUCUUUGGACAGCACGUGGCUUUCAUUUCUCUGUGCUUCUGGGAGAGAUGAUGAUUGUCAAAUCGACCUAAUCAAACUGCUUCUCGACUACGGCGUCGACGUGGAUGCGGUUGAUUCUAAAGGAGACACACCUCUCCUUGUGGCUGUGUCCAAGGGCUAUGAACAUAUAGCCGAAUUUCUUAUCGGCCGCGGCGCCGACGUAAACGCGGUCAAUCAUAAAGGACAAACGCCUAUUUUCUGCGCUUUGAACGGAAAUCUUAAUUAUAUCGCGGCAGUUAAACUGCUCAUCGACCGCGGCGCCAACGUAAACGCAGUUGAUUUGAAUGGAAACACGCCUAUUUUCUGGGCUUUGAACGGAAAUCUUAAUCAUACCGAGGCAGUUAAACUGCUCAUCGACCGCGGCGCCAACGUAAACGCAGCUGAUUUGUACGGAAACACGCCUCUUUUCUGGGCUUUGAAAAAAAAUUAUAUCGACGGAAUCAAACUAUUGAUCGACCGCGGCGCCGAUGUAAACGCUGUCAAUUCUCGCGGAGAAACGCCUCUUUUCUGGGCUUUGGAUGGAAAAUUUGAUUACAUCCAGACAAUUAAACUGUUUAUCGACCGCGGCGCCGGCGUAAACGCAGUUAAUUUGAACGGAAACAUGCCUCUUUUCUGGGCUUUGGACGGAAAUUUCGAUUGUAUCGAAACAAUUAAACUGCUUAUCGACCGCGGCGCCGACGUAAAUAAGGCUAAUCUUGACGGGAAAACGCCUUUGAGUAAGGCUUUGGAUGGGGGCGGUAUUUCCAUUUAUCAGCUGCUCCUCGAUCGUGCCAGGAAUGCGGCUGUUUCCUCGUGA